AAAGGUUAUAAAUAGUAUGCAGGAGCUUAUUCACAUGCGGUUUCUCUUAAAUGAAAGGGGAAUUAUAGAUGUGUACAUUGAGCAUGUGUGUGAUGAGCCAAACAUUUUAGACUUGGUUGAAGAUGGCACCAUUCCACAUGAAGCAAUUGAUGAAGGUACAAUGCAUUUGAUGAAGGUACAAUGCAUUUUUUUUGGAAGUGAUGAGGACAUUGGGAAAAGCUAUGUGCCACAAAAUUCACAACCAACCCCAACUUGUAAUGAAGCUCCAAAAACAACUGAAGGUGAUGCUAAUGAAACAGAUGCAGUGCAUGGAGUAGUGCAGAUGAUGAUGAGGUUCUUUAAUCUAUUAGAAAUAAAAAGAAACAUAAAACCAAUGCAAAAAAGAAAUGCAGAUGGUGCUAGACCAAGUGGCACAAUCCAUGAGACCCAUACCACAGUUAAUGAAGAGGGUGAAAGGGUUCCUGUAAGAAUUGAUAGCCAUGGAGAUUUGUGUUCUAAUUCUAGCUUUGAAAGUAGUGAAGAUGAAUUUGAGGUUUCUAGUGAUGAUUCAGGUGACUACGCUGUUGUGUAUGAAGAUGAACUUAAAGAAGAAAAAGGAGAUGUAAAGAUGAAGUUUGAGCAUAUGGCACAGUUUACGAAGGCUAUAGCUAAGUACCAAAUUCAAAAAGGGUGCAGGUUGAAACUUGUUAAAAGUGACCCCACCAAGCAGAGAAUUCAUUGUGUUAAUCGACAGUGCAAUUGGCAAAUCUUUGCCAGUUUUGAUAAAAAUGACCAAACUUUUAAGGUGAAGACAUAUUGCAGGGAGCACACUUGCUUUAGGAGUUUGAAGUCUGACAUGGUUGGGUCAAGGGUACUAGCAAAACACCAUAGGAAUAGAAUUUUUGCAAAUCCACAAAUUAGAAUCAGUGAGUUAGUGAGACUCUCUCAUUUAGAAUUAGGAGUUUAUGUUUCAAGGGAUAAGUGUCAACUAGCAAAGGAUAAGAUUAUAAAGAAGGUGAAGGAAACUCACAUGAAUGAAUUUGCUCAGUUAAGAGGGUACGCAAAAGAGCUAUUGAGAUUGUCCCCUGAAACAAUUGUUAACAUUGAUACUGACCCACCCACAACUCCAAAGGGAAAACCUGCAUUUAAAGGAAUUUAUGUGUGCCUAGAAGGAUGUAGGAAGGGUUUUCUACUGGGUUGUAGACCAAUGAUUGGAGUAGAUGCUUGUUUCCUCAAGGGGAUGUUCAAGGGAACACUUUUGGCAAUUGUUGCAAGGGAUGGGAUCAAUCAAAUCUUCCCAAUUGCUUAGGCUGUUGUUGACUCAGUGUGUACCAGCUCAUGGACUUUUUUUUUAAGAUGUCUAGCUGAUGAUUUAUGAAAUCACACCGAACGAGAGUUAACAUUCAUUUCGGACCAACAUCAUUUAAGUGUGCACAAUUUAUUAUGAAUUAAUUUACAAAAAUGUUUAUGUUUAUGUUACUAUAGUCAUCCAUGUUAUUUUUGUAUAAUUCAAUUGACUUUAUUAUCAGUUACUAAACUUAUUUGUUUUCU